GUCCUCAGGACCUGUGUCAUCUUGUUCUGUCAUGGUCACUUUCAACCUGAGCAGUUACAACACAGGACCCUUCAUCCUGGUGGGGAUCCCAGGCCUGGAGCAAUUCCAUGUGUGGAUUGGGAUUCCCUUCUGUAUCAUCUACCUUGUGGCUGUGGUGGGAAACUGCAUCCUUCUCUACCUCAUCGCCAUGGAGCGUAGCCUUCACGAACCCAUGUUCUUCUUUCUCUCCAUGCUGGCCAUGACUGACCUCAUCUUGUCCACAGCUGGUGUUCCUAAAACACUCAGUAUCUUUUGGCUUGGGGCUCGAGAAAUUACAUUUUCAGGGUGCCUUACACAAAUGUUCUUCCUCCAUUAUAGCUUUGUCCUGGAUUCAGUCAUCCUGACAGCCAUGGCAUUUGAUCGCUAUGUGGCCAUCUGUUCUCCUUUAAGGUAUACCACUAUCUUGACCCCAAAGACCAUCAUUAAGAUUGCUGUGGGCAUCUCUUUUAGAAGCUUCUGCAUCAUCUUGCCUGUUGUAUUCUUGCUCACACGCCUGCCUUUCUGUCAGACACACAUCAUACCCCACACAUACUGUGAGCAUAUAGGUGUUGCCCGGCUUGCCUGUGCUGAUAUCUCCAUUAACAUCUGGUAUGGCUUUUGUGUUCCCAUUAUGAUGGUCAUCUCAGAUGUGAUUCUCAUUGCCAUUUCGUACACUCUCAUUCUCUGUGCUGUGUUUCGCCUCCCUACUCGAGAUGCCCGCCAGAAGGCCCUCAGCACCUGUGGUUCCCAUGUCUGCGUCAUCCUCAUGUUUUAUACACCUGCCUUUUUCUCCAUCCUUGCUCAUCGCUUUGGACAUAAUGUUUCUCGCACUUUCCACAUCAUGUUUGCCAACCUCUAUAUAGUUAUUCCACCUGCACUCAACCCCAUUGUCUAUGGAGUGAAGACCAAGCAGAUCAGAGAUAAGGUCAUACUUUUGUUUUCUACCAAAGGUACAAAAUAAUUCAUAAUGGAAAAACUGGGCUAAAUUCACAAUGUAUAUUAAUAUAGCAAGAAAUAAAAAAAGCAAAUGAUAUUUA